AUCCCACACCUUCUCUCAGUGUGCGGUUUAUCUUUUCUUGCUGAUUCAAAUACUAAUAGCCAUCAUUUUGUCAUGACUAUAUAGGAGAAGGAUCCCAUGUAAAGGUUGUGGUUCAGAGAGACGCUCCGUGCGCGCAACGUUCAUAAAUGGCCCGAUAAACUCAUUUAAUGCUGACACCCAUUUGCGAAGUUCUCGUGGAAUAGGUCACGCGAAAAGAGACCUGAACGCUUGAGCAAACUCGGAACACAUCACGGCACGUUAGACUCCGCUUCUAAAACGCUUCUUAAUUUGCACCAGAAUCACCGUACUUCCAUCUUAGUCACAAAAAGAAGAAGAGGGCAAAUAAGUGAAGAAGCUCCCGAUGGCUAGCUUGAAAGGCAGGUUCAUCGGAAAGUGUGGAGCUGUAUCACGAGGGACCAAACAGUGACACGUACCAUAACGGUACAUUUCAUGUCGUGCCAAGCGACGUUGAAUUACUUGACGCCAUGAAUCAGAAUCACGACUUUCCCGCCGGCACGACCAAGUACAUCCUGAAGGAGGAGCGAAGACGGCGGUGCAGCCAUAGCACUCUACUCACCCUCGUUAUCAUGCUGUCCAUGCUUUCUGUUGUCAUGACAGCCUUGUUCAUAUGGAAAGUCACGUGCGAUAGCAGGCAAGCAAGCUCAUGGGCCACACAUGAACAAAUCCGUCGGUCCUCGAGUAUAGAUUUUGGAUGCACGUUCAAGCCCAGGCCCCUGAAACUCUACACGCUGCCACACACCAUCCAGGAGUCUUUGCGGUCGUUACAGGAUCUGAUUUCCCAGGAGAUUCGUCAAGGCAAAGCAACAGCCGUCAGCGCUAGCUUGGUAUACCGGGACGAGGUGGUCUGGAGCGGAGGUUUCGGGGUGAUGGACAAGUCUGCAAAUCCCCCCGUCCCUCCCACCCCUGACACCAUCUUUCCUUGUGCAAGCGUAUCCAAGGUCAUUACGGCUGUGAUGCUCUUCAAGCUUUAUCAAGAUAAAGGCUUAUCCUGGCUGGACACGCCCAUUAGCCACUUCGAGCAUGGCUUUACAGUACGCAAUCCCUUCGCUAAUACGACCAUCACCCUGGCGGAUCUCGCUACCCAGCGUUCCGGUCUCCCACGAGAGGCACCAUGUUACCCACCAGCCCCCGCGAACCUCUGCCCAUACGACCAUCGUACCAUGCUACGGCGAAUCCGCAACCUCAAUCUACAGAGGAAGCCUGGGACCGAACCACAGUACAGUAAUCUCGGCUGGGCGUUGAUUGGUCAGACGCUCGCGCAGGCGUAUGGCGGAGGUAACUUCUCUAGUUGGGUGGCAAAGAACGUGUUUCAGCCCCUCGAUAUGGCUGACUCAGCAUUCACGAUAAACCAGAGCCAGAAGCAUAAGAUACCAGUUGGAUACACGAGUCUUGACGAGUUCAGUCAGGUGCAGGAUUGGGGAUGGUUAGCCCCUGCAGGAGGUCUUUUCUCAUCCGUGCGCGAUUUAGCUAAGAUGGAAAUAGCAUUGAUGUCGAAUACCAUGUUUUCUAGAUGGGUUACACAAGAGUUCUUUAAACCAGCAUACGUUCUGAAGAAUGGAAAGGACAUGAUCGGCACCCCAUGGGAGAUGACGAUGUACAAUGGACUGAUGAUACACGAGAAGACAGGUUAUGUGUACGGCUACAACUCAUACCUAGCGAUGGUCCCAGAGCUAAAGCUAGCCUUCAACUUGAUGUGUACUAACUGUAACAAAAAGCUGGACAUUAAUCGGAAAUUCGAAUCGAUUGUCUCUACGUUCUACGACACCCUGGUCAACGCAUCUACUCAGGAUUUCAUAGUUCCGCCAGAAACUAGACCAUAUCUUGGUCUCUACAAGGCAGACAGCAGCCUUCCUAUCAUCAGGCGAAUGGACGUAACAAUAAACAGGGAGGAUAAACAACCCAAACUUGCAAUCGCCGUCAACCACGCCAAUCUUUUUUUCCUCAACUACACUCGCCCAUUGCACUUCAAGGUCCGGCUAAACACAGGGCUGAGCUGCAAGGAGAUGUUUACUUUGGGUGUGGAUAAUGACCCCGUCGUGUUCGACCCACCCUCCGCGGAUGAUGGCUUGUCUGACGGUUUCACCAUGUACAAUGCCCACCCAAGUGGAUACUCGUAUUUUACGCGGGUGAGGUGAGAGGUGUUUGACAUCACGAACUGGUGGCGCGUGGUGGUGUCGCAAUCAUACGUUCAAACGUACGUUAGAUGCCGCGAUUAUGCCUUCCAUCGGCCGUGUGUUGAUGGCCGUGUGUUGGUCAUGAUCAUGUGUUCCAUUGGCUAUGUGGUGAUGGUCGCGAUCAUGUGUUCCAUUUACCUUGUGUUGGCCGCGAUAAUGUGUUCCAUUUGCCUUGGGUGUUGGCCGCGAUCAUGUGUUCAAUUUAUCUUGGAUGUUGGUCGCGAUCAUCCGACCAACCAUUCAUAGUGAUGCCAUCUUUCACGUAAAUUUCCAUUUGUCAGCGGUAAAUCUUUUAUAACCGACAGAGUAACUCACCCGGCUCAACUCUUAAAUCACGAGCUCCUGUGGAAGACCGCCCUGAUUUCUCAUGAGACAUACGUGGUCAUAACACUCCAUUAAUGAGCUGAACUGUGAUUACAAAAUUAAUAUUUUCGGAGAAUAGUAUUAAGCUAAGGGUAUAUUUAAAUAGGAAUAGAAAGAAACGGGUUGGACAAAAGCUGACUUCUUAACCUGUGUUUUAUUAACACUUUUUGUUUAUUUGAUACCCAUGAAACACUGCGGGUUAAGAGGCAUGGAUUUUCAGAGUGAAAUAAGGUAUAGACAGUUUCUACUGCGUUUAUUUGGAUUGUGGUGUUUUUUUCCGCGAGAAUGUCCUUUUUAUUACUAUGAUUUUUUUUCUGUUUGUGGCUGUCGUGCUUACACAAGUGCUUUGUCAUAGUGAUCCUCAACAAUUGAUAUGGAACAAUAAAUCAUCUUGUUGGUUUAUUUUUCUAACGCACUUGGGCAGGAAUGGAAUCUAUAAAAUCUACUAGCACGCAAUGCCAGAGACUAGAUAUUAUCAUGUUUAAACCAAGUUCUUACAUGAAACAUGUAAAAGCUGUUAGAUGGUCACGCAGUAACGCCAUACAGUGUGAAGAUGGCAGCGUUGCGUGACACAUCUUAGGGAAGGCUGUACCAGGCACGCAAUUUGAUACUUAAUGGUAAUUUACUAGACGAACCCAUUGGAGUCUUUGUACACCCCAGCAGUUCCGUGGGGUCUAUUCAUACCCCCCCCCCCCCCCCCCCCCCCCCCCGCACACGCACAUGCUUAGUCCUACUUGCACCUCCACAUUAUAAUCCGUGCUAAAGGGAUGAGCAGGGCUUUCUACUUGAGAGAAUAACUUUUGAAAAGGAUAUAAACGACGCAUAAAAGAUUGUACUUCUUAUACUGAUUUUGGUAUCGAGUCUCACAAGUAGUUCAGCAGAACUCGAUGACAGAUGGGAGUUAAUGACUAGAAAAUCACCUCAUAACACGAAGAAUGCUUCGUUCCUUUUUCGUUUCUACGACACCUUUUAUAACACUUUUAAAAACCAGUAUUGCUCAAGUGUUAUUCUGUCAAUACGGUAACCCCUCCCCCAAAUACUCUACAGUACUAAAACUAGGGAACAGAGAGCACGAGAGACUGUUACCAAGACAACGGAUAUAAUGAGUGACUGUUGUCUAGACAACAGAUAGAGUUAGAGACUGUUACCAAGACAACAGAAUGAGCGAUUGUUAAGACCGCAAAAAAUAAUAAAAUGUCAAUAAAACCUGCA